UCCCGGAUUGUGAUUUGAGAACUGUUAUCGGAUGGGCAGGUUAAACUGUCGGUCACGGCUAAAGUAUGACAGCAGUAAGGCCCAUUGACGGCUUGAAAGAUAUAUUCAGGCGAGGAGUGGAAUAACCAAAGAUGUCGUUCAAUCCAUCGGCCAAUCCUGGUCGAAUAGUGUGGAUGGGUGGCAUUAUAAAGCCUUACAUGACAGAAACAUUUAUAGUGACUGCAUUUCUGAAAAUGGGACAUAGACCGGUCUUAGUGAAAUUGGGUAAGAGGAAGAAGAUCACUGAACCUCCUGGAUAUUGCUUUGUUCAUUUUGCAAGUGAGGAAGAAGCAAAAAAGGUUUUGAAGGAAUUGAAUGGAAAGUUGAUCCCAAAUUCUGUUCCACCGGCAAAGUUCUUCUUGAGUACAGUUGGAGUGAAAAAUCUUCUGCCAAGUUAUAAUGUUUGGCUGUACGAUCUAUCCCCGGAUGUUGACGAUAAUAUUCUACAGAAAACAUUCUCUUCCCGUUAUAAAACUGUUACACAAGCUAAAGUUAUUCUUGACUUGACGGGAUACAGCAAAGGCAUCGCUCACAUAAAGUUCAGCAGUGAAGAUGAACAGAAGCAUUGUUUGAAUCAUAUGAAUGGAUUCAAAGGCCUUGGAACUAGGCCGUUGAAAGUAUCAUCCUCCCUAAACUCCCAGCCUAAUGUGGGCAAAAAAGAUAUACCGUAUAUAGUAAGUGGCUCUGGAAAUAGCUCAUCGCAAAACUCAGCCUACGGAUUUGAAAAGUCCUACUGGAACAAAUAUGCAGCCUGGCAAAAUAGUUUCAGAGAUCCAGUCCACUAUAAUUUUGCUACCGAGAUGGCUACUAUAAAUAUCAUUGAAACUUCUGUUCAAAAAGAAGAUGAUAUGGAUUUAAUAGAGCACAACACCAAGUUGGACAUCGAUUCCUGGAAUAGAGAAUUGAUCCAGCGCGAUUACAACUUGUGGGAUGCUGUGGAAUGCUCCAAGUGGCUGCCUGUCAAUAUACUCGAUUGAUUGAUUGUCAAUUGAUUGAUUAAUUGUCGAUUGAUCGAUUGUCGAUUCAUCGAUUGUCGAUUGAUCGAUUCAGAUUGUCGAUUGAUCGAUUGUCGAUUGAUUAUCAUACGAUGUGCUCCACUAUUCACAUCUCUACUUAUUCACAAUCUUUAGAGGAAAUCUACUUGUAGAGAUUACUUCUUGUAAUCUCUAGUUAUUCUCUAGUGUGUUUGACAACUUGUUUGAAUCGCUCACUGAACAAUAAUGAGAUUGAGACUCAAACCCUAGUUUUUAUACCUUCAGUGUGAAACAAUUUUAAUUGCUACUAUCGUGUUUAAGUUGAUUUUAUAUUAUUAUGAUA